GCUCAGAUAUACUGAGUGAGCCCUGAGAAGCAGUCUCACAUCCUGACGGUGCAGCAGCCCGCAGCCUCAGCCAGAGAGUCCCAGCCGCUUUCAAUGGAGGAGAAGCCCAGCCAGCCACAGUCUCAGCACCAUCAUAGCCACCACCAUCCGCACCAUCACCCCCAGCAGCAACAGCAGCAGCAGUCGCACCACCACCACCAUUAUUAUUUCUACAACCACAGCCACAACCACCAUCACCACCACCAUCACCAGCAGCCUCACCAAUACCUGCAGCAUGGAGCCGAGGGCAGCCCCAAGGCCCAGCCAAAGCCGCUGAAACAUGAGCAGAAACACGCCCUCCAGCAGCACCAGGAAACGCCGAAGAAGAAAACAGGCUAUGGUGAACUAAAUGGUAAUGCUGGAGAAAGAGAAAUACCUUUAAAGAACCUGGGUUCUGAUGAAGCCACCAACCCUAUUUCCCGGGUCCUCAAUGGCAACCAACAAGUUUUAGACACUAAUCUGAAGCAGACUGUAAAGUCCAGCACCUUUGGGAAAGCAGGAAUUAAAACAAGGAAUUUCAUUCAGAAAAACAGUAUGGACAAAAAGAAUGGGAAGUCUUAUGAAAAUAAAUCUGGAGAGAACCAAUCUGUAGACAAGACUGAUACCGUGGCAAUUCCAAAUGGUGUUGUAACAAAUAAUUCUGGCUAUAUUGCUAAUGGUUAUAUGGGCAAAGGAGCAGAUAAUGAUGGUAGUGGAUCUGAGAGCGGAUAUACCACUCCUAAAAAAAGGAAAGCUAGGCGCAAUAGUGCCAAGGGUUGUGAAAACCUUAAUUUAGUGCAGGACAAAAUAAUGCAACAAGAGACCAAUGUCCCAACCUUAAAACAGGGACUUGAAACUUUCAAGCCUGACUACAGUGAACAAAAGGGAAAUCGAGUAGACGGUUCAAAGCCCAUUUGGAAGUAUGAAACUGGGCCUGGAGGGACAAGUCGAGGAAAACCUGCUGUGGGUGAUAUGCUGAGGAAAAGCUCUGAUAUUAAGCCUGGUGUGAACAGCAAAAAGUUUGAUGAUCGGCCCAAAGGAAAGCAUACUUCUGCUGUUGCCUCCAAAGAGGACUCGUGGACCCUAUUUAAACCACCCCCAGUUUUUCCAGUGGACAAUAGCAGUGCUAAAAUAGUUCCUAAAAUAAGUUAUGCAAGCAAAGUUAAGGAAAACCUCAACAAAACUGUACAGAACUCUUCCGUGUCACCAUCUUCAUCUUCAUCCUCUUCGUCAUCUACUGGGGAAACUCAGACCCAAUCUUCAAGUCGAUCAUCCCAGGUCCCUAUGUCAGCGCUGAAAUCUGUUACUUCGGCCAGCUUCUCUAAUGGGCCAGUUUUAGCAGGGACUGAUGCAAGUGUGUAUUCUCCUGGGGGUCAGCCACUGCUAACUACUGCUGCUAAUACUCUAACACCCAUCUCUUCUGGGACUGAUUCAGUUCUCCAAGACAUGAGUCUGACUUCAGCAGCUGUUGAACAAAUUAAGUCCAGCCUUUUUAUCUACCCUUCAAAUAUGCAAACUGUGCUGUUGAGCACAGCACAAGUGGAUCUACCCUCUCAGACAGAUCAGCAAAACCUGGGGGAUAUCUUCCAGAAUCAGUGGGGUUUAUCAUUUAUCAAUGAGCCCAGUGCUGGCCCUGAGACUGUUAUUGGGAAAUCAUCAGAUCAUAAAGUGAUGGAGGUGACAUUUCAAGGGGAAUAUCCUGCCACUUUGGUUUCACAGGGUGCUGAAAUAAUCCCCUCAGGAACUGAGCAUCCUGUGUUUCCCAAGGCUUAUGAGCUGGAAAAACGGACUAGUCCUCAAGUUCUGGGUAGCAUUCUAAAAUCUGGGACUACUAGUGAGAGUGGAGCCUUAUCCUUGGAACCCAGUCAUAUAGGUGACCUGCAAAAAGCAGACACCAGUAGUCAAGGUGCUUUAGUGUUUCUCUCAAAGGACUAUGAGAUAGAAAAUCAAAAUCCUCUGGCGUCUCCUACGAACACUUUGUUAGGCUCCGCCAAAGAACAGAGAUACCAGAGAGGCCUAGAAAGGAAUGAUAGCUGGGGUUCUUUUGACCUGAGGGCUGCUAUUGUAUAUCACACUAAAGAAAUGGAAUCUGUUUGGAAUUUGCAGAAGCAAGAUCCCAAAAGGAUAAUCACUUACAAUGAAGCCAUGGAUAGUCCAGAUCAAUGAAGGACCAGACUGCCUAUUUGUAACCUUUCUGCAGCAUUAGAGCCACCGUUCACGGGGGACACAAGGCUUUUAUGCUUCUAGAUCUUCAACGCAGCAGAGGAACCAUAAGUAGAAUCACAGGAUAAUAUAUACAAAUAUAUAUAUAUAUAUACAUAUAUAUAUAUAGUUAUUUAAAAAAAGGCACCUGAAAGUAAUUAGACUUCUUAAGGAAUCAAAUUUAUUUCAAGAGACUACACAUGGUUAUUUAAUCUCUGGUACUGAAUAGUUUUUUUUCUUUUUUCUUUUGUUAGUUUUUGUUUUUAAGUGUGAAUGCAAGUGAUUAAUGAAUAUGGACUUAUUAACAAGCGUGGUUCUAAAGUUCCUGCUGUCAUCAACUUGGGCAACAAAUGACCCACUGGAAAGGCAAAUCCACUUAAAAGAUCUCUGUAUCUUGUUCUGUGACUAAAGUGAUACACUAAUCACGGGGAACCCAGAAUGAUUCAACAUUUUCCCCCACUCCUCCCUUGAUCUUUUGGUUAUACUAUGAGCCCUGCGAGAAUGCUGGAUAAAAUGCCUUGAAGUUUGCAGGGGUGUAUUUUUUUAGCGAAUAUGAUUUGCAUGUCUUGCCAGGAGUUAAGCAGCCUCUGUGGGGUGUUGGGGAAAUAUUUUCUUUCUUUCCUUUUAUUUUUUUGUGGGGUGGGGAUAGGGGAGGGCAUUGAAGUUCUACAGUUCUGGAAUAGUUGGUGGUUCAUAGUUCACUUGGCUUUGGUUACAUAUUGGACUUUAAUGAGUAAAAAAUCCAUGAGUGUCAUUUAAAGAAAAGUUACAGAACAAACAAUUGGCUUUAGAUAUUUAAUAUGGAAAAAUACUCCUGUGCCCAUAUUUUAAUGUAAUUGUGUAAGUGGGAGCAAAAAUACAUUCUGCUUUUCAACUGUAGGUGCUCCGGACUUGCUCUCUGUCACUAACACUAAAUGUGCUGUUUUUCUUGUUUUUCAUCAAACAUCUGAAGAGAAACUUCUGUACCUUUCUGUAAAUUCUCUUUUAAUUUCUCAGAAAUAAUCUAAAGGGGGAAGAAAAAAGUCCAUGAAAACUAUGAAACGUCAUGUUUUUAGCCAGUGAGGAGGUAAUAAACCCUGCCUAUAGAAGGUGUGUUUCCAUUCAGACUAUACUUCUGAGCUUAUUAGCUUCUAAUUAUAUCUUAAUAAAUAUAUUUUAAUACUAGAGCAAAUGGGUUUUUUAAAGAAAAUAAUGUGAAAUUCUGGAAAUUUUCUUUCGGGCAGAGAAGAGCAUUAGCCCUGUCUUAUCAUCACAUUACCAUCCUGUUGCACUGCAGCUUGUAUAUAGCAUGCUAAAAUAAAUUUUUUUGUGUGUGCAGAAACUUAAGGGUCCAAUUUAAGAUUGGGUGGUGUUAGUGGCAUAAAAACAAGUUCUCUGGCCUGACAUAGCAUUGCGUCACACACACACAGAAAUUAGUAUAUCCAUGUAUGUCAAAUACAGGUUAAAAUAGCAGGGCAUUUAUAUAGAGAGAUGUAGUCUUCUAAUAAAAGUAGACUGGAUCCCCAGGGGUAUUUGGGGAGAAAGUAACUACUUUUGCUCAACCCUUUUGCUUAAGAAAUGUCCAGUUUUGAGCGACCGUAGUAUGGAUGACUUUUCUUAUUUUGUUGAUUAUUUGAGGCUUUUAACAAGUAGUUUGUGAAAGAAGCUGUUGGACUCAGCAUAGAGUAGAGAAAAUAUCUUUAUAGUCUGGAUUUCUGCCCUGCUUAGAUUUUAAAAGUAUAAGCAUGGAUUGCCAAUUCCACUUGAUGUAAACAAAACUUUUAUACAUAAUAUAUAUAUAUAAUAACUUAUUGUAUCAGUCCAGGUUCAGAAACUUGUGGUAGGCCAGUUCCAGAUAGUUUCAUUUCCCCUGUAAACUGUAUCACUUUUACAGAUAUUGUAAUUUUCAAAUGUAUAAUAUGUUUACAGAUGUGCCCUGCAUUUAGUUUGCCUUGUUCUAUUUUGAUUUUUGUUGAGUCUCCUGCCUGCUUGCCAAAAGCUAGGAUGCUUCAGGCCCAUGUACAAUUGAAAGCAGAGGCAUCCUUGAGCUUUAAAGCAUUGAACAAACUGGAAAAUGCAUCAUACCACAUACUGAAGUGAAAGAAGUCUGUGUUUUUGUGUUUUUUUUUUU